AUGUGCGAAGAGAUUAAAGAUUUUUGGGUUUCUUUGGAGGGUUUGAGAUCUCAGAUCUGGUUUUUGUCGGUUCUGUCUCCGGCAGUUCUGCCUCCGUUGAGGUUCUUUUUCCGUCUUCAGAUUUGCGUGUUUCCCAGCCUCUCAUCUUCCUUUGGCUUCUCUUUCUUUGUUUGUUGUGUUGAAGGUGGAUGUAGAGAUGGUGUUUGGAGCGGUGGUUUUGGGGAGGUGUGGAAUUGGUCGCGGCGACAGUUUGUGGGGGCUUUUGUGGUGUGUUAUCGGUUCUGGACUCUUCCACUCCUUGGUUUAGCUGCUAAUUUCUAG